CAAUAAAUAUACAUAGAAUAGCACAUCAAUGUUUUCUCGUGUUCGUUUCACGUUGUGUUGUUCCCUGAGCUGGGCAAAUUACAGCUGUAAUAAUUAGGUUAUCUCUUUCUUCUUAAAAAUAUCCUCGAAAACAACCAAGCUCUUAUCUUACGAUGAGUAGAAAUGACAAAGACCAGAACAAUGUUGCUUACGUUGGAUUUGCAAACUUGCCAAACCAAGUGCAUCGCAAGUCAGUUAAGAAAGGAUUUGAGUUUACUUUGAUGGUUGUAGGUGAAUCAGGUCUUGGAAAGUCGACUUUGAUUGAUAGUCUGUUCCUGACAGAUCUUUAUGAUGAUAAAAGUAUACCUCCUGCAAAAGGUCGCAUUGGCCAGACAGUUCAUAUAGAGAGUAACACUGUGGAGAUAGAAGAGAAAGGGGUGCGGUUAAGGCUGACGGUGGUGGACACUCCAGGAUUUGCGGAUGCAGUGGAUAACACUUACAGCUGGGAGCCCAUUGUGGAUUAUAUCGACCAUCAGUUCGAGUCUUACCUACGCGACGAGUCCGGACUCAACAGGCGCAAUAUCAUGGACACUCGUGUGCAUUGCUGUUUGUACUUCAUCAACCCUCAUGGCCACGGGUUGCGCCCCGUGGAUGUAGAAUUCAUGAAGGCUCUCCACACGAAAGUAAACAUUGUUCCAGUUAUCGCGAAAAGUGACAGCUUAACAAAAACAGAGAUCUCCAGGCUGAAAAGAAAGGUCCUUGAUGAAAUUGCCGAUCACGAAAUCAAGAUUUACUCCUUCCCAGAGUGCGAUAGUGAGGACGACGAGGAAUUUCUUGCUAUUAACAAAGAUCUGAAGGCAAGUCUUCCUUUUGCCAUUAUUGGGAGUAACACAGUAAUUGAAGUCAAGGGACGCAAGGUUCGAGCGCGCUGGUACCCUUGGGGUUAUGCUGAAGUUGAAAAUCCUGACCACUGUGAUUUUAUCAAAUUAAGAAAUAUGCUCGUGCGGACACAUAUGCAAGAUUUAAAGGACGUGACUCAAGAUGUGCAUUACGAGAACUACCGCGCCCAGAGGCUACUUGAUCAGACGGGAAAGGCAAAUACUAAAAACAGCAAAAAGACCACUGGCUCUUACGACCAAGUCGUAGACAUAUCCGAGAAAGACAAGAUGCUACAGGAAAAAGAAGCCGAGUUACGACGUAUGCAGGAAAUGCUAGCUAAAAUGCAGCAAGAGAUACACCAGCAGAAAAAGGCGUCCAAUGUCUAAUAUCACCAUAUAAGGACAUGGCAAAGCAAGGAUUGGGGAUGCCAUAUGUAUUGCACUAAAUAAGGGGAUGAUAAAACAAGGAGAAGCGGAGACUUCUAUCGUAACCUUUAAGGAGAGGAUAAUCUGAGACGCGGCGUUUCGCGGAACAAAUGAUGUCCAAACUUAAUCGAAUUUCAAACGCCGUUUAAAUGCAUGUUCAAUGGUUUCGUCUUCAAAUUGCAUGCAUGAAGGUGAUGUUACACGCGUCGUUUUGCGACAUCGUUUUUUCGCGCAACAUGCUGCACGAAAAAACAAUUGCCGUGUAACAUGGUCCGUUUUUUACGCAACAUUUUGUUUUGCAACAUGUUGCAGGAUUUUGAAUCAGGAUCAAAAUCUUGCAACACAAAAUGACGAAUUAUAAAAAAAAUAGAUCCGUGUAACAUCACGUCGUCGUUUUUUUGUGCAACAAAUCCCGCAAUCCAUCUUGUUUUGGGCAUGCAAACGAGGUCUUGUCAACAAACAAAAUGGUGUCGUUUCAACAAAAUGCCGUCCACCACCGACACCGAUGAUUCUACCCCCCGAAUGGUCGAUGAAGAGAAAAAAAAUAAAAGUGAUGGAGACGAAAGUGCUUGUGGGGGAACGAAAAGGGGAUCCCGAAGACGACAAAGACGCGCAAUGCAUGCUGUUAUUUUAGAGUUAGACUUCAAUUUUACUCUUGAAUCGACGCCAUCUUUGUUUAAAAAAAUGUGGGCGCGCAGAGCCUGGGCUCUAGAAUUUUGUUGCGAACGUUGUUGUACUCCGAAAAUGGUGACGUCAUUUGUUACGCGUAAAACGAUGUUGCAAACGACGCGUGUGACGUGUCGCGUGUAACAAGUCGUUAAUAUGUAAGAAACAGACGGAUUUAUUCUAUUUAUAGAAGGAUCUAGACUGACUGUUCCAUUUGGCUUUGAAGGGGAGGAUCUAUGCGCUAGUCUUUGACGCACUACUCGUGUAUGAGUCUAAAAUAAAGUAAAAAAAAAAUACCUUGAUCCCCUACGAGAAUCUUCGGCAACCCGGGCAUAGAGCACGGUGACGAGAGAGCCGCGGAAACGAGACCCUUAAAAAAUUCGGAGAGAAAACGCGGCGCUGUCGUCCUCACGCGGCCCCAAGGGUGCCCUAAUACUGAAAUGGUAAUCUUUUAUCGACCUCUAUGCAAGUUGUGUAUCUUAUGGUAAAUCUCUGCUCUAUUGAGCGUAUUAUUUUAUAAUAAGUAUAUUCUACACGAAAGUUCUAAUGAAAGACAAAUAUUCAAUUGCGUUUGACGUUUAGAAAAGCGAAGAAGGAUGCAAAUAUACCCUUCUUCUAGUAAGUGUGAUUCUCUAAGUAAACUUGGCGUCGAUAAUCUAAUAUCUGCUACACACAAAUGAGCACACUGAUUUAUUUGAUUUAUGUUUUAUUCUUGAUUCGCACUUUUAAUGGCGAACUAACAAAGACUAAUACUGAGUCUUUGGUCAGUGUGAACCCGUCAGCACUUGGGUGGCUCAGCGAAUGGAGCAUCUCGUGCCUUCUUGAACUCGCCGCAAGUCACAGCACCAUCACCUGGAGACAACAAGCCUUGUCAGUCGUAUUGAGAUAUUUGAAAGAUAACUAGGACCUGGAAAAGCAAUCCUCCUAAAGAACGCAAUCAAUUAGAGUUUUCUUUUUAUAAACCCGUGUAACAAAAUGUAAUAGCCAAAGUGUAGUAGUCAGGCCAUCAGAAAAGAGAACAAAGACAUUAGAGUGUAUUAGUUGUUAUUAAGCUAAAAUGUAUUCCACGGGUUUAUGAGAAACCCCUUAAGAAAAACCCAUCGAAGCUACCAAA